AGCAUGCCAUAUCAGUUCCGUUUGACUUUUCGUUAUCCUUGGCUUGACGAACGUCAAUCGAUUAAACUCUUAGUCAUCGCUGAAACUAAACGGAACUAACUUUUUUGGUCUCAUUUCUUUUACCUCUAAUUAUAAAAUAAUAAAAGAAGGCAAUUUAUCUUAUUUGUCAUUCUCUUGUUUAAACAAAUAGGUAAACAUGGCUUAAAAAGCCAUGAGGUCUGUUUAAGACCACAAUUUACGUAAAUGUUGAGCGAUGAUAAGACUUGAUGACUCCAAAGCUUAGAGAUUAGAGAUAAGUCGAAGUUGGGUAGGAAAAAAACUUAGUCGUCUAUUUAGAGGCGCACAAGUUACGGGGCCGUUCUCUUGUUGAGUGCAACUCUCAAAAUUUGGAAUGGCAAAAUUGAAAAUAAAAAAAGAGAUUCUGUGGACUCUAUUGGUAGUGGUAUUGAUCGCCGCAAUCAUCAUACCCAUCGUCAUCGUUUACACGGCGGCAGAACAGGACAAUGGCAACAGGAUCGCUUGUUUCCCCCUCAUGGAAAAAGGCAACGACACAAAUCUAGAAUCUGUUUGCAAUGAAAAAGGCUGCAUCUAUGACGCAGCUGCCACGAAUGUCAAGUGCUACUUGCCCUUGACUGGAACCUAUGGCUACGAGCACUACAAUUCUACUAUCAAUUCCGGAGAUGGAACGUACAUUCAACAUCAACUUCGAAGACGUCAAGGGAACCCUUCUUUAUAUGGGGGUGACAUCGAGGACGUACAAUUCAAACUCGUCUAUUACGGGGAUACAAUGCUCCGUUUCACAUUUUUCGAAAAAGGAAAAUCAGUCGAAAGCAAUCAACCUCCAGUGGGAUUAAACUUAACAACUGCUCAAGCCCCGUCUGAAAACAGCAACUACAUAGUUAAGGUGUCAGACAGUAGCGAUGGAGUGGCUUUUGACUUUACAAUCCGGCGACGUUCGUCCGACAAAAUCAUUUUAGAUACGAAACUGGGAGGACUCACAAUCGCAAAACAAUUUCUGAUGAUCACCUUUGCCCUGCCAAGUCAGUACGUGUACGGUAUCGGAGAAAAUACUCACGAUUCCUUCGUUCACAAUUUGGAAUAUAAAAUGCACCCCAUUUUUGCUCGCGAUCAGCCGCCAGGAGACGGAGAAAUGAACCUCUACGGCUCUCAUCCAUUUUACAUGGUGAGCGAAGACGACGGAUCAUCUCACGGCGUCUUUUUUUUUAACAGCCAUGCAAUGGAUGUCACGACGUUACCGUACCCCGGACUAACUUAUCGCACUAUCGGUGGCGGCUUGGAUUUCUUCGUCUUCCUCGGCCCUAAACCUGAAGACGUUGUCAACCAAUACACUGAAAUUAUUGGACGAACAAUGAUGCCUGCUUACUGGUCUUUAGGAUUUCAAUUAAGUCGUUACGGAUACAACGGAACAAGCGAAAUCCGGGAAGUGGUAGAACGGACACGUAAAGCCUUAAUUCCACAAGAUGUCCAGUAUGCCGAUAUCGAUCAUAUGGACAAUCAGGCCGACUUCACAUUAGGGCCCAAUUUCCUAGAUUUGCCUGAUUUUGUGAUAGAGCAGGCGGUGGGUGGACUUCGCUUUAUUCCUAUUCUCGACCCAGCAAUCAACACCGAGAAAGUGAAUAUUAAUUACACCACUCACACCAACGCUAUGAAUGUAGGAGCUUACAUCACAUGGUACAAUGAUACUUUGCAACCUGACGGAAACUGCACCACUAGCUCUUCAAACUGUCAACCAUUGGAUAACGUUAUGCUUGGUUAUGUGUGGCCAGACGGGAGAACAGCGUUUCCCGAUUUUUUCAAGAGCGAAACUCAAGACUGGUGGAAACAAGAAAUGUCUUCUUUCCACCAAAAACUACCCUAUGACGGAAUAUGGAUUGACAUGAAUGAGCCAGCCGCCUUCGAUACUAAUAAGGAAAAACCCUUCAACUAUCCUCCCGAAUUACCACCAUGGAACUUGAUUUGCCCUGAAAAUGAAUGGGACGAUCCGCCAUAUAUUACACGUAAAACAAAUUUAAUUUCAAGCCAUUUCUACGACAUCAAACUAACUACUUCUACCGACCUAUUUCAAGUGUCUGCUUCCCGAUCCGCUACGAAACGCCUUUCGGACAAAACAAUUUGUAUGGUGGGUCGCCAAGGACAAAACAACGAAUAUCUUCAUUACGCCGUACAUAAUCUCUAUGGAUGGAGUCAAACUAAACCGACAUACGAAGGAUUGCAAAGCGCCACCGGUAAGAGAGGCAUUGUCAUUACAAGAUCUACAUUCCCAAGUUCUGGAAAACAUGCUGGACAUUGGCUAGGUGACAAUACUUCACGUUGGAAGGAUUUGCACAGUUCAAUUAUUGGAAGUCUCGAAUUUAAUCUGUUUGGCAUACCAUACAUCGGAGCUGAUAUUUGCGGAUUUUUUGAACCUACAACUGAAGAACUGUGUGCACGCUGGAUGGAACUGGGGGCAUUCUAUCCAUUCUCACGCAAUCACAACUCACUUGGCAUGCCCCCACAAGACCCAUCCAUUUGGUCAUCAGUUGCUAGCGCAUCCAAAACUGCUCUCAACAUACGAUACCGCCUUUUGCCCUAUCUUUACACCCUGUUCUACCACAGCCACACUACAGGAUCAACAGUUGUUCGGCCUCUCUACCACGAGUAUCCAACUGACCUACGAGCUAAAUCUGUCGAUACUCAGUUUCUUUGGGGACCCGCUUUACUCAUAUCCCCCGUCUUGGUCGAAAAGGCAACCGAACUAAAAGCAUACCUGCCCAGUGACACCUGGUACGACUAUUAUACCGGAAAGAAAGAAGCGACUUCAGGUACAGAGGUCACUUGGAAUACACCGCUCGAGAAAAUCAAUCUUCACGUGCGUGGUGGUUACAUUUUACCACAGCAAAUCGAAGGAUUGAACACCAAGCUCAGUCGUCAAAACAAUUUCACAAUGAUCGUCGCUCUAAAUUCGGACAACGCAGCUGCCGGCGAUUUGUUUUGGGACGACGGCGAAACCAUCAACACCGUCACCAAUAAUCAAUAUUAUUACAUUCGUUUCAGUUACGCCGAAACCUUAAACAAUGACAUAGCUGUAGAGGGUGUGCUGACAAUGGAGGUACAAACUAACACCACUAGCCUUACGGGAUUAGAAAAUCUCAAAAUGGAUUCAAUUUCAAUUUUUGGACUCAGUAAAGCUCCAACUUCUGCCGAUACCGGAGAUGUAAGUUACUCCCCCGACAACAACGUAGGCUACCUUACCAAUCUUAAUCGGCCAAUGAUAUCCAAUUGGAAAGUUGUUCUACAUUUUGACUAGUAGGCGCCUGAUAGUGUCUUAUUCAUUCGUGCCAUAUAUCAAAUAUGUUGCCAAAAAUACAAUAAAGAAAUUCGCCAGAAAAAGAAAUUCGCGGGAAAUGUCAAUCAGUCAAGUGUUUUUGUUUUUCCAACUUUCAAGAAAGUGUGAGAGAGCUUACACUGUUCUUCGCC